AUGGGGGUGAUAAGAUUGACUUGCUUCCUUACUAGCACCAUUAGAGGGGAAGCCCCCAAUUUAAGCAAUCCAAAGGUUCCUCCUCCUCCUCCUCCUCCUCCUCCCCUUUCCGUUUCAAAGCCGUGUUGGGUGGUUAGAACUGAGUCAAAUGUACGCAAAGUAAGAAGAAAGCAGCCAGAUCCUCCUUGUGUUGUGUGUAAAGGGACUGGGAGAGCCAAGUGCUACCAUUGCCAUGGGAGAGGGAGGACUAACUUUGUGGAUCUAGAAGUUCUUCCAAGAGGAGAAUGGCCAAAAUGGUGCAAGACUUGUGGUGGAAGUGGGCUUGGAUACUGUUCUCGUUGCCUUGGGACGGGUGAAUACCGAUAUAUAAUGGGAUUUCAUUUCAUGAGACGGGAACAAGAUGACGACUCUCAACUUUGAACCAAACUCUGCGAGCUUAUUUAAUUGGGAUAACUAGACUGCUAUACAUUAUGCACCUUCGAAAAAUGGUAGUGCAGCCCUAAAAAGACGCAGCACCACAGCAACUCCACGCUUUCACCUUCACCAAUAGCGAGUAGAAGUAAGGUCAGGGGUAUAAUAGUUAUUUUAUUCAAUAAUUUAUUUUUUUUAAACACAGAUAUUGUGGUAUUUGUUCACUGCUCUAUCUACAGGUAUUUAAAUAUCCAUCACAAAGUCUAUCACUAGCAUUUUCUAGAAAGUAUCUCAUAUGUACGAUUAAAUAAGCUCAUGAAAUUCAUUUUUACUUAUGAAUAUCAACUCUUCGAAUUUCUCAACUGGACAACAAGUAAAAUCAUUGUACUGUCUCCAUUCUUCUGUCAACUCUCCUAAUUCUUAGUUUAAUGAAACUUACUUUAAAUCUGCUCA